AUGGGUAAUUUGAUGUGGUCUGACCUGUUCUGUGAAUACAAUAUCAAUGUUCUUGCUGCCCAAACUUCUGACCAUAGCCCAUUAUUGGUUAAUGCUAGAAAGAGAGGUAUGAGGUCUUUAUGUUUUGAGACAAGAAGGAAGAAGAUUUUCAGAUUUGAAGCAAGCUGGAAUGUACAUGAAGCAUGCAACAACAUUAUUAAAUCUACUUGGUCCUCCCAGAAUACAGUUCAGGACCUAAAGAUGAAUUCAAUCAUGAGGAAACUAAACAGAUGCAAGGAGUCUUUAAAGCAUUGGAGCUCAAGCCUUGGGAAAAAACAGAGGGACAUCCAAGGACAAUUAAAGCUACUUUUGAAGAUGCAAGACUCAAACAAGGGCUCUAACUCAGCAGCUAUAAAGGUGCUACAGAAGGAAAUUGACAAAUCCCUUGAGGAAGAGAACCUGAAAUGGAAACAAAGAGAAAAACAGUUUUGGUUGAGAGAUGGUGACAGAAAUUCUAAAUUCUUCCAUAAAUGUGCCAAUUAG